AUGGUGGACGCGGAAAAAAUAUUACGAAAUACGCUGGACAAGGAGCUGGACGAACAUGGCUAUAUACCACGAGAUGUUAAAAUAGAUCCCAUAUCAUCAGGUGGUGCGAAUUACACCUCCAAAUUGUUCCUCGUCGAUGUGACAACACCGAAGGAGCAACUCAAGUUAUUCGCAAAAGUCGCCAUUAUAAAUAAAGAAUUGAGACAGACUAUGUGCGCAGACUGGUUGUUCAAAACAGAGAGGAUAGUGUUUACAAAAAUAGCAAAAGUAUUUGACAGACUACAGACCAGAUACAACAUUCCCGAAGACGAGAAAUUAAGGUUUCCAAAAUUCUACGGAUGCAGCGAUGAACAGGGCAAGGAGGUGGUACUCAUGGAGAACUUGAUGGCUUCCGGUUACCAGUCGUUUGAUAGAUUCAAGUCCAUGGAUUGGGAGCACGCAUGCGCAAGCGUUGAGUAUCUUGCGAAAUUCCACGCGCUAUCGUUCGCCUACGCCAAGGAUUAUCCUGAAGAGUUUGAAGAAUUAGCGAAUAUGAAGUACGAAAUAGGCGCGCAAGAACUUGAUGAGGAAGUUAUGAAGCCAAUGAUGGAGAAGAUAAUCGGUGGAGCCCUAGCUGUUGUUAAAGAAGAUCAGAGGGAUAGACUGAUGAAGUAUUUCAAUACGAUGCCAAAAAUGAAUGCUUAUACGAUAUCUGAUGGAAGACCGGUGCUGUCACAUGGAGAUUUCAGGCUUAGCAAUAUUUUGUUCCGAAAAUCGGAAGACAAACUGUCUGCUAUAGCAGUGGACUUUCAGACGGUCUACGCUGGUCGGCCGCCUACAGAUCUGAUCUACCUGAUCUUCCUAGGUUCCGACGUGGAGUUCCGCGCGGAAUACUAUGAGAAAUUAAUUGCUUUUUACUACGAUAGUCUAUGCGCAAUGAUGCGGAAGUAUUCUCUCGAGCCAACUGAAGUCUACCCGAAGGAAAAUUUUGAUAGUGAUAUGAAGGAGACAUUACCUUACGCCGUACUCCUGGGAACUGCUGUGCUUCCCACGGUCCUCGUAGAAGAGAACACAGCGCCUGAUCCUGAAAAACAGAGCUUCGACCAGUUCAUAAGAUCACCGACUGAGAUAUAUGCCAAACGGUUUAGCGGUAUUGUCGACGACUGUAUUCGUUGGAAUGUAAUUUAA